AUGGACCAAAAACUCCCAUUAUUUCAUAAGAAGGAUAAAGCCUUCAAUUACAGGAGAUUAUUAGGAUUAAGCGUGAUUGGGUGUCUUGCAGGAUACUCAAUAUUAUCCAACCAACAUGUGGCAGAAGAGGUUGAUCUAUGCCCUGCUUUAGACAAAUUAGUGCCUGAAUUCGAUGAUAAAUUAUCAGAUUUGGAUUAUUUUAAAUCUUAUGAAUACAGAAAUAUGUCGCUCGAUUACUGGAGAGAUGCAAUUAGAAUUCCCACGGAAAACUUCGAUGAUUUAGGUGAUGUUGCAGAAGAUCCAAGAUGGAGCAUCUUCAAUGAUUUCCGGGAGUACUUGAUAAAGACCUUCCCUAAAACUUAUGAAAGUUCGGAAUUGACUACAGUUAAUACAUAUGGCUUGGUUUUUGAUAUCAAAGGGUCAGAUUCUAGCUUAAAGCCAAUUAUGUUAUGUGGCCAUCAAGAUGUGGUGCCAGUUCCAAAAGAUGGAAUUUCAAGAUGGACCCAUCCACCAUUUGAUGGGUUUUUUGAUGGUGAUUUCCUCUGGGGUAGAGGAUCCAGUGAUUGUAAAAACAAUGUAAUUGCUGUUUUUGAAGCCAUUGAACAGUUAUUAGCCAGAGGAUUUCAGCCUAAGAGAUCUAUUGUUAUCGCUUUAGGGUUUGAUGAAGAAACAAGUGGUCAUAGAGGUGCCAAUAGUAUCAAAGAUUUCUUAAAGGAAAAAUGGGGAGAAAAAUCUAUGUUAAUGAUUGUAGACGAAGGUGGUUUAGGAGUUCAAGAUCUUUAUGGUUCAAGGUUAGCUUUACCUUCUACUGGAGAAAAAGGGUAUGUUGAUAUUACCAUAGAUCUCAUCACUACUGGAGGACAUUCUUCUGUACCUCCAAGACAUACUGGAAUCGGUAUGAUGGCUGAUUUCAUUCAUGAAAUGGAAGCUGAAGAAUUUCCUUUAGAUCUUUCACCAAAGAGUCCAUUCUAUUACCAACUUCAAUGUGAAGCCAAAGCAUCUAAAACCAUGAGCAGUGGGUUGAAGUCUGAUAUUUCAAGAUUGACUGUUAGCAAAGCGGCGAAAAAGAGGGUUUUGAAAGAAGUAAGUAAAGCUGCUGAUAGAAAAGCUUUGGUUUCAACUACUCAAGCCAUUGAUAUCAUUUUUGGGGGUUUGAAAAUCAAUGCUUUACCUGAAAGAGUGACUUUAAAAACAAACCAUAGAAUCUCGUAUGAUUCAUCAUUCGAAGAAGUCAAAGAAAAGACCUUAAAGGCUAUUCAAAAGGUUGCUGAAAAAUAUAAUUUAGAUAUUGAAGCUUUCGGUAAAGUUUUGAAGGAGAACGAUGUGUCUUCAGGAUUAUUCCAAAUUACCCCAGAUGCACCUUUGAUCCCAGCCCCUUUGACUCCAACCUUGAACAAUCCAACUUGGGAUGUCUUGGGAGGGACUAUCAAACAUGUUUUUGAAGAUUUCGCUGAGUACAGAGAUGGUAAUAACCAUCAAGACGUUACAGUGUCUCCUUCUUGUAUGACUGGUAACACUGACACCCGUUAUUAUUGGGAUUUGACCGAUAACAUCUACAGAUUCACACCUAUUAGACAAGUUGAAAGAGCCAAUGCUCAUGCAAUCGAUGAAAGGGUUUCCUUGGAUGCUCAUAUCGAGGGUGUGGUUUUCUUCUACCAAUUGAUUAGAAAUGUCGAUGUUUUGAAAGAGUAG